AUGGCCUCAAUCUCAGAGUCUACCUUAAAGCAAUAUAGUUCGGGUUUAAAACUAUGGUGGGACUAUUGCUCUACCAAGAAAGCAGAUCCCUAUUCGGUUUCAGUAGUAACCGUCUUAGAGUUUCUAACCUAUCAUUUUAAGAAAGGAGCAUCUUAUAGUUCUUUAAAUACUUAUCGGUCUGCUAUAGCUCAAGUAGCGGGGCGAGACUUGGCACAGGAUUACAGGAUUCAGAAAUUUUUCAAAGGAGUCUAUAUGCUUAGACCAAGUUUACCGAAAUAUCAAAAUACUUGGGAUCCAGCAGUAGUUUUAAAUUUUCUAAGGGAAUGGAAAAACAAAGAUAUCACUUUGAGGAAAUUGAACCAAAAACUUGUAACCCUUUUAGCAUUGGCCACAGGUCAACGUCUUCAAACUUUAGCCCUUAUAGAAAUCACGCACAUUUGUAAAUCAGAGAUCGAAAUAAAUAUAGCGGUGCCCCAAAGAAUUAAGACCUCUGGUAAAGAUCGAUCCCAGCCAUUUUUCCACCUUCCUUUUUUAAACUCGGAUCCGGAAGUUUGUGUGGCUAGGGUAAUCCUUACCUAUCUAGAAAAAACAGAAAAUCUAAGGGGUUCUGAAACAAGUUUAAUUCUAGCCAGCAAAAUGCCUUACUGUAAAGCAUCUACGCAGACCUUAAGUCGCUGGAUUAAGAUUAUUUUAGAAAAAAGUGGCAUUGACGUACACAAAUUUUCUGCGCACAGUACCAGGCAUGCGGCGACGUCUGCUGCAAAAAGAAAAGGGCUAAAUAUGGACACAAUUCGUCUUUCCGCGGGUUGGUCUAGAGACUCUAGGAUGUUUGCUCAAGUAUAUAAUAGGCCACUAUUUUCAGAUCAAACAUGUGCAGAAGCUGUACUUACAUGUUAGUUAUUAAAUUUUUUUUCUAAAAGAUGAUGUUACUUACAGGGUUAUAAUUACGUUACAUAUAUUACUU